GGGUACCCGUACCCGCCGUCCGGUGGACAUCCGGCGCCGCCGCCUCAGCAAGGGUACGGUUAUCCGCCACCCGCUGCGGCACCGGGAUACGCUUAUCCGCAGUACCAGGCGGCGCAGCCCGGGUACGGGUACGCGAUGCCGCCGCCGCAGAAGCCGAAGAAGGGCUUCGGAGGUAUGGGGCUCGGACUCGGAGCGGGUUUGCUGGGCGGGUUGUUGAUUGGGGAUAUGGUGUCUGAUGUAGGCGAAAUGGCUGCUUAUGAUGCUGGUUUUGAUGAUGCUGGCUUUGAUUUCUAGUUUUUUU